CACAUGCUCGUUGUGAUUUAUAAAGGUCAGCUUGCACGUGGCUGUCAGAAACACACUCACAUGUAGGAUCCAUUCACCCUGACGGUGGAUAAAAAGAGGCCUGGUGUCACCACAGCUGGACCUGCUGAAUGGCAAAGAGCAAUGGUGGGAGUCGAUCUUCGAAAACAUUCAAACCCAAGAAGAAUAUUCCAGAGGGAUCCCAUCAGUAUGAGCUGCUUAAACAUGCCGAGGCCACGCUUGGAAGUGGUAACCUCAGGCAAGCUGUUAUGCUUCCAGAGGGUGAAGACUUAAAUGAAUGGGUUGCAGUUAACACUGUGGAUUUCUUCAACCAAAUCAAUAUGCUCUAUGGGACCAUCACGGAGUUUUGCACAGAGGCGAGCUGCCCAGUCAUGUCUGCGGGACCUAGAUACGAGUACCACUGGGCAGACGGGACAAACAUAAAGAAACCAAUUAAGUGCUCUGCGCCAAAGUACAUUGAUUACCUGAUGACUUGGGUCCAGGAUCAGCUGGAUGAUGAAACCCUCUUCCCAUCAAAGAUCGGCGUCCCUUUUCCCAAGAACUUCAUGUCUGUGGCCAAGACCAUCCUGAAGCGACUCUUCCGUGUCUACGCCCACAUUUACCACCAGCACUUCGACUCCGUCAUGAGGCUGCAGGAGGAGGCACAUCUUAACACGUCCUUCAAGCACUUUAUAUUUUUUGUGCAGGUGAGGUGCAGAACAGCUGCUCAGCUGCCUCUCCCAGGGCUAUUUGUUCCCAUUUGCCUUUAAAGGGAGUUGGAAUUUACAGCCUGCUUUCUUUCUGAAGGUCUACAGCAGUGCUGUAGGGGAGGUCACUCAGCUCUUACCCUCAUGCAUGAACUGUUUGGGGUUUUAUUAUGCAAGAUGGCUGUAAAUGCUCGAAUUUCCCUCUCUACUUUUAUUUAUUAGCAAUGGGACCAGACUUCAAAGAGAAUCUGAGAGGGGAAGGGGUUAUAAUUCAGUAACUCAUUCUGAGAUGGCAACAGCAGCUUUUCUCCCCUUAAUAUCUCAUAACUGUGUGGCAGCCCAUAGCGCUGAGCAGCCUGGCACACUUCUCACCUGCAGCUUGUUGUGUGUUGGCUGGACCUGGAGCUUUGUUUUUUAGUGGUUCUUUGAGCAUCACGUUCAGUUCUGACGUUGCUUUUUUCCUACCAGGAAUUCAACUUGAUCGACAGGCGGGAGUUGGCUCCGCUGCAGGAGCUCAUUGAGAAGCUGGGUUCCAAAGACAGAUAGAACAUUCCCUGGGAGGACCCGCUCAACUUCCAGUCGUGGCCGCUCCUUUCUGCUUUGUCCACAGCCAUUUUCCCCUUCACCCUCAGCGAUACAAGCCCCAAAGAGCCGGAUGAUGGUGAGAGCUGAGAGGCUGGUGCUGCCUCUCAGUCUUACAGCCAUUAGUGCUGUGCUGCAGCAGCCUGUGUCACCCUGUAGCUGGUGGCUGAGCUGUGGUGCCUGCCACUGUUUUGUCCACUUCUUAUCUCAAAUACGUACUCAUGUCUGGCAACAA